AAGUUUAGUUGAAAUCUAAGGACUUGUGAUGCAAGGAGAAGUCUACCAGCUGAUACAAUGCAAUCCUCACUUUGAGAUCUAUAGACUUGUGCAACAGAUGAACGACCUUUAACCUCUCAUAAUGGCCCAUGCGCCUAUCUAGGCAAAUUGAAUCAAUUUUCUCUCCUCAAUUGUAAUUGUGUCUGAGCGCAACGCGAGACAUCGGAGCUUGGCAUGUAAUCCAUUUAUCAUUAAACUCAUUGUAUUUCAAUCCUCUCACUCAAUCCUUCCCAGUCAGGAAAAAAUGUUUCGAAGAGCAAAAUCCUGUUUUCCGGAACCACACUUUUAUGUUGAGGACUAAAGGGGAGAUGAAGAGCUUAGCAUUCAGGUGGCUAUUAAUAUGUGCGAGAGAUGGGGGCGAUCUCGAACCUAAGAAAUUUAUGAAAUUAUAUAAAGCAUAUUAAUUUUGUGUGGCUUAGGAGGAUGAUGAUUGUGAUGAAUCUGGACGUUGCGGGCAGUGGUCAAAUAAAUAAAGUUUCAAGGAGGAACAUUUGCCCUCGAACUCGCACGGUAUACCAGCGGAACAGCAGACGAUGAACACUUUGACAAUGCGAACUGGGCCUGUAAGGUACCCUAAUCUAAGCAGCUACUCGGGAUCAUAUAGUGCUGAAGUUUGAGAUCUAUAAUUGAAUUUGUAGCAUAACCUGUUGCUUCUUGACCUUUGUCUGAAUAUGGCCAAGAUGUAUCACCGAAAUGGACAUUUGAGUGUAAACUUACUCUUGCUGCUGUGGAUAUUAUUCGUGGAUUGUCCGUCUGUUCUUACUGAGUUACGUGCAGGAUGGAUAGGAAGAGGCAGUAAGGUAGAGGAAACCAGAGCACAUCCCUACAGGGCACCUAGAGCUACUAAGAUCAACCAGGAUGGACCUACUCAAGAACUAUCUUCAUCGGCUGCGGAUACAAUGCUUGGUGACGAUGGAACACAGGAUCAUGGGAAGAUCUUAUUCUAUCGUCGGGGCUAUACGGCUACGAUCAGAGAAGAUGCUACCGUUGGAGAAACUGUACUUACUUUACAAGCUUUCUUCAAAGAUCAACGGACCUCUGCAGAAGCAGCAAAUAUCAUCUAUCACAUAAAACAAAGGAAGAAAUCUGAAGAGUCUUCGGAUAUACCAUUCCAUGUGGACAAAGCUACAGGAGAAGUGCGUCUAUCAAGGGCGCUUACCCCAGGAGCAUACACAGUCACCUUUCUUGGUUAUGCCAGAGAUAAGAGACAACCCAAAAACAAGGCCGUCUGCAAAGUCAAAAUUCGAGUCGUCAAUGUGGGUCGAUUCAGGUUUAUUUCAAAAAAGUUCAACGGGAGUAUAGAGGAAAAUAGUGUAGGUGAGAUAAACGCAUCUAUAAAAGUACGGAAUACUAAGGUUGGUCUUCCUGUCAGGUAUGCCUUACGGAAUGUGACCCCUGAUGAUGGGUCUGGGUUCUUUGGCAUUAAUGUCACCACCGGAAGCGUGUGGGUAUUCCGAAGUUUAGACAGAGAAUAUCACAAGCGGUAUGAACUCAAUGUUGUAGCGAUCUGUGGCGAAGAGCAGGAUGAAGCGAAUUUAAUACUGUCUGUCUUAGAUGUAAACGACAACCCUCCUAGAUUUCCCUAUGAUAUUCUUCGAAUGUACGUGUAUGAGAAUGUGAAUGUAUCGAUCUCGGGAGAGACAAUAGUCAAUGCUAGUGAUAUAGAUGAAGGACAGAACGCAGUGGUGAGGUAUAGGAUCUUACAAGGCGCUAGAGGUAUCAUUAAAGUGGAACCUAGUAGCGGUCAGCUUUACAACCGAUAUCACAUCGACUAUGAACGUGUCAAGAAGUUUCGCUUGAUCGUAGCUGCCUACUCUGGAACUCUCUUCACCACUGUCCGUGUAUUCAUUCAUGUCAUUGACCGCAACGACAAUGCACCUGAAGUACCAAACUUUGAGGUGUUUUACAAUGGUCUUCCAGAUGAUAUUCUAUCAGGUACGGAACUUGCGCGUAUUCCCGCCCGUGAUAUCGAUAGCGAAGGCAAACUCCGUUUCGUGAUCCUUGGUGACGCAGCCGACCAGCAGCAGACCGAUAGCCAGGUGACCGGAAAGAAUGAUCUAUUGCAAGUGGAUAGUUUAACAGGAACUCUUCGGUUCAAACCGAAGGUUCAUCGCCUAGAGGUCUCCGAGGAGAAUCAGGGGAGCACUGAGGUGACUGUAUUUGUCAGUGAUGGUGUUCAUGGUCGUACAGCACGAUGUCGUCUAGAGCUUACCAGUGUCUCUGAAGCAAUGAUAGCAAACAGUGUUAAUGUCCGUAUUCCUGGUGUUACACAAGAUGAGUUCCUUCAGUCUGGUGGUAUUGGAAAACUCCGUAUGGCGUUGAGUGAACUCCUAGACGCUCAUAAACUCAACAUAUUCAACAUCCGGGAAAUGACCGAAGAUGGGCACCCGAUUGUCAAUAUUUCUUUCUCGGCACGUAACAACGAAAACGGAUUCCUUUCUCCUCGACAAAUCGUAAACACUAUUUUCUUCAAGCGUGAUCAGUUACAACUUCUUUGUGGUCUAUUGGUUAUACCGGCUGAGGAUGAUCGGUGUUUGUACGAGACAUGCGGUGGAUAUCAGAGAUGUAUGAGCAGAAAAACACAUACAGGAGGAUCGUCUGUAUCCUCAAGGAAUAGCAAAAGUUCUGUAACCUUUCAUGGCAUCAAUCCAUCGGUAGUACAGUGGUGCGAAUGUCCUGAUCCACACACUAAUAAUAACUGCUCAGAACCACUCGACUUCUGCCACUCCAAACCCUGUGUUAAUGGAGGAACCUGCGAGAGGACGGAUGAUGGAUACGUCUGUGUUUGUCCACUAGGAUACGCUGGAACUAAUUGUGAGAUGGAUUUCGAGAGAGGUCAAUGUUUUGAUGGAGCAUGUAAACACCAUGGUGUCUGCGAGAACCAGAGGAAUGGAGGCUUCAAGUGCUACUGCCGUGUCGGGUUUGAUGGUGCUCGGUGUGAGAUGACAGCUAGACAUUUUCCCACAGGAGCAUACAUGGCCUUCCCGACUAUCACUCAUAGAUCAUAUAUGAUUCUGUCACUCAAUUUUUCGACUUUGCAGACCGACGGAAUGAUCAUGUACAUUGGUCGCUAUUCUCAGCAGCAUGACUUUCUAGCGCUGGAGAUCAUCGGUUCGCAGGUAGCCUUCUCAUUUGCCGUGGGUCGUCUUAUCAUGAGAGUAAUGGUUGGAGUACGAGGAGGUGUUAGUGAUGGUAACUGGCAUGUCAUCAAACUAGAUUACAGAGAUAAGAUUGUGGAGGUGCUUCUUGAUCACUGCGCGACCGGAGGUGAGCCCUCUUCGUCAGAAGAUGAUGAACUAAGUAAUGAUCCAUGCAUAGCCUUUGCUACACAGGCUGUUGAUGUAACAACAUGGUUCCUGGAUGUGAACACACCGCUGCUGGUAGGUAGCUUGCCAGCACAGCAGCAGGAGACACGGAUACUAAAUGAAGAUUUCAUCGGUUGUAUUAAAGAUGUCAUGAUUAAUAAUCGAAUGCUGGACUUUGCAGAAAGUUUGUUUGAUCACAACACGGAGCCAGGAUGUCCAAUAUCGAGAUAUCGGUGAAAUUGGAAACACAACACGAACAUGAUAUGAUUCAUAAUAACAAUGGCAUCAGACGAUGAGGAAUCUGUGAGGGAGGGCAUUUGUGUAUGCCGUUAUAACCUGAGUCGAGUAAACACUCAAUUUGUAUGUCUCUUUUUACCCAGGGUUCGCUCGUAAGGAUAGUAACGGUAAUAUUUUUGGAUAAUGGAUGGAUUCGAAUUGGUGAAUAUAUUACAAUUAUAAUCAAAAAUUAAAUAUCCUUGUGGUUUCACAAGUAAAUAAGAUGGUUCCUUGAGCAUAAUUACGUAGCAACAUUGGGUAUUAAUCAGUUACGUCUUUUUGUUCAUAACCAUGAAUCAUAAUUGAAAAUACAUCAUCUCAUCUCAGUUGUUUCGUGGUAUGAAGCCUGAAUGGCUAAGUUCUAGGCAUGGAUUCUUAACCGAUUCACGACGGUCCAGGCGCGUACGCAGGAUUUUUUCA